CAAUUUUCAAUAAAAUGUUCAACAUUUUCGGAAUUUGGAUGGACGAUAAAUGUAUAGCUAACUCGAUGGUUUUGACAAUGAUCUACGGGGUGUCCGUAAUUGUACUUUUUAUAAUUACACCUCAAUUUUGUCAUUUUAUUUACAUGUAUAAAGCAAGAGAUAAUGUAAUCGCUUUCGCUGACGAAUUUUAUGUGUCGAUGUCAUCGUUGAUGAUUGUUUGCAAAGAUUUUUGCUUAAUAAAACACAAAAAGAAGAUUAAGAGGUUGAUGAAAUCUAUGGAUUCGGAGAUUUUUCGUCCUGAAAGUCCAGAGCAAUAUAAAAGGAUAUUUGAAGUAGUUAUGGGUAAAUACAAAAAACUCUUCUGGUUAAUAUCAUUCGUCAACGUGAGUUUCUGCGUCUGCGUCAUCAUCAACCCGUUAUUCGAUAUGAACAAAACCGAUACGAAAUACGUUUUACCAUUGGUAGAUUGCUACCCGUUCGCGGUUAACGAUACUCCCGUUUACCAAAUAAUGUACGUCUAUCAAAUAUUCGUCUGCUUUUAUCUAAUGAUGCACAAUUAUCCUUUCGACGUUUUCAUCGUCGAUUUGCUCGGUUUUUGCAUAGCGGAAUGCGACGUUUUGUGCGAACAAAUAGACAACUUGAAAUUAGAAAUAUCCCCGUCAUCCUACGACAGGAAAUUGUCGACGUGCAUCAAACAUCACAAAGAAAUCAGUAGGUUUUUCCAAGAUGUCGAACGAAUAUUUUCUUUUCCUAUUUUGCAACAAUACUUCUGCAAUUUGAUAUCAAGUUGUACCACCAUGUUCAGGUUGUCAAUUGCUGAGCCAAUGAGCGUGGAUUUUUUUAAAACUCUGAGCUACCAAAGCUGUUUGCUCCUACAAAUGUUCUUGUAUUGUUGGACUGCAUCAUCGCUAACUGAAAAGAGCCAAAAGAUACCCGUAUUAGCUUACGAUAGUUACAGACUCGAUGUGAAAAAAUCAACGCAAUCUAAUUUGAAAUUAUUCAUAGCAAAAUCUCAACACCCUUUACUAUUGAAGACGUUACUUUUUUCUUUAUCUAUGGAACAAUAUUUACAACUUAUAAGAAAUUCGUUUUCCUAUUAUACAGUUCUAACAUCACUAAAUGAAGAUUCAUAACUUUAAGUAGUAUCAAUUAAUAAUACAUUCACUACAAUAAAUUUCAAGC